GAAGUCUAUUCCCUCUAGUUUCUCAGCCUCUCUCUGUUCAGAAAGAACACAGCAAUGAGCUACACAACUACCCUCAGAAUCCAGCUGGAUAAACCCCUCCUCAGGGAGACAAACAGGGGAGAUCCUUGCAGGACUGAGAAUGGAAUGGGGAGACCUUACUGUAUAGAAAGUUCAUCAGCCAAAGUAGGUGAGAAACCCAUUGGUGAGUCCAAACAACCUGGGGCUUUACGCAUGCAGACAGUCGUGAAGGAAAGCAGAUGUGUAGUUGGCACACAGGUGGAGAGGAGAAAAGUGACCUCAGCGGAGAUGUUUUCCAAUCGUGCAGUAACAAAGUCUGACCGUUUCCUUACCCUUAUACUUGAGAUUUGUCCUCAGAAUGGCAGUGGUAUAUAUGUCCGAAGGGUAUCGCAACAAGAAACGAACUUGACUGUGCCAUCUAUAGCAAGGGAAAACAAGACUCCCAUUAAAGAGGAAAGCUCUCAUGUGGGAGAAAUCAACCCUCUGUCUGCAACAACAGUCACAUCACUGGGAACGGAAAGCACCUCCACUGCACCUUAUAGGUCAGGCUAUCCAUCUAUCUGCAUAAUAAAUGGACCAGUCUCCCCAAAAAGAAAACCUAACAGACCUGGGGACAGUCUAAAGAUUCUGGAUGGUGUAGACCAGAUAAAAGCACGGGUGGGAGAAAAAGUAGAGCUGCACUGUGCGAUUAGAGGCACGACACCAAUAGCUGCCUCCUGGCUGAGGAACAAGAAACAGGUCAGCGAAGACCCAAGAAUAUCAAUUCAUACAUCUGACAUGGAGAGCCGGCUGGUGAUCGACCAGGUUUGCGAGGAUGAUUCUGGCUGUUAUACACUUUAUGUACAAGACCGGACUGGGAGCACUCAACAUCAUAUCAGUCUUACUGUUGUAGAGCACCCCUCACCACCCUCAGGAAAGCCACUUGUGUCAGCCAUGCAACCUAAUUUGUUGACUCUCUCAUGGUCGGGGCCAUGUUAUGAUGGUGGCAGUGCUGUGCUGAACUACUGGGUAGAAAUGAAAUGCACUGAGGAAGAUGGUUGGAAGCUGCUCACAGACUCCUGUGUCAACACUUCCUAUCGGGUAGAAAAAGGCUUAGAACCAGAAGGCCAAUACCGAUUCCGUGUGCGAGCAGCUAAUGCCCAUGGAGUGAGCGACCCAGGGGAGGAGUCAGAUAUAGUUACCAUGCCUUGUGUUGGAGAUGAGGAAACAGAGUGUGAAGAAUCAAAUGGAUACACUAAGAUCUCCAUCAACACAACAGAGAGCUUUAAUGACUUUUACAUACAGCUGGAGAAGCUGGGAAUGGGUAAGUUUGGGCAGGUGUACAAGCUGAAGGAGAAGUCUACUGGUAAGAUCUACGCAGGGAAGUUCUCUAAGGCACGGACACAGAAAGAGAUGGAGGGAGCCCGAGCAGAGGUGGAACUCAUGAACAAACUUCACCACCCCCAACUGGUGCGUUGUUUGUCUGCUUUCCAGGAACCUGGGCGUGUGAUCAUGGUGCUGGAAUAUAUUGCAGGAGGAGAGUUGUUUGAACGAAUUGUGGCAGAUGACUUUGCGCACACAGAGGUCAUGUGUGUUGAAUACAUAUCCCAAAUUCUAAAUGGGGUGGCAUAUAUGCACAACCAUAGCAUCGUUCAUUUGGACCUCAAGCCUGAGAACAUUAUCUGCAUGAACAAAGUCAGCAACCGGGUCAAAAUCAUUGACUUUGGUUUGGCAAAAGAGCUGGAUCCCCAUGUCCCAAUGAAAGUGCUACAGGGCACGGCUGAGUUUGUGGCUCCAGAGGUCAUCGCCUUUGAACCCGUUGGGUUCACCACAGACAUGUGGAGCCUCGGAGUUAUCUGUUACAUCCUGUUAAGUGGUGAGUCCCCAUUUCAGGGUAACAAUGACAUGGAGACUAUGCAGAAUAUCACAUCAGCUUUAUGGGAUUUCGAUGAAGAAACAAAUGAUCUUUUGUCUGAAACAGCCAAGGAUUUUGUCAGGCGACUGCUGCAAAAGAACAUGAGGUCUCGACUUACUGCAAUUCAGGCCCUGGACCACCCUUGGGUUCAGCACAAACCUGUCUCCAAAACCAGGACCCUAUCAAAAGAACGUAUCAAGAAGUUUCUGGCGAGACAGAAGUGGCAGAAAACGGGCAAAGCCGUACUGGCUCUAAACCGGAUGACGUUGCUCAGUGCCAAGUCUGACAACAGCACAAGCUCAACACACAAAGAUGGUGCCCAUGACGGCUUGCAAGUCUCCGUGAAUCUCCAGGAGCAGCUCCAGGCUGCCCCAGUCUUUUCAACUCUAUUAAAGGACCAGGUGGAGGUAGUUGGCAGCACAGCUCGCUUCCAGUGCCACAUUGAAGGAUUCCCAGACCCAGAAGUGCUGUGGUUUCAUGGCGAGUGCCCAGUUCAGGAAUGCAGACGUCGGCAGAUUGAGUAUGAAGAUAACGGUAGCUGUGCUCUCAUUAUAUCGGACGUUUCCCGGACAGAUUCUGGGAUUUACACCUGCCGAGCCUCAAACGCCCAGGGGGAGGCUGAAAGCUCAGCCAAAUUAACUGUUCAUUCCCUGCUGGCAGAACGUCGGGCAAGAGAGAGCGCUCAAUAG